ACAAAAUCGUUAGGAAUCGGCAGUCAUUUUGUUGAUAGAAAGUGAACUGUGAUAAGAUUCGUCUAUAGACAUAGGCGCGCAUUAAGUAAACUUUGUGUACCCCGAGUUACACCAGCUGGCACGGGACAACGCUGAAAAAUACAGCCUCGCUCUUUGAAUUUCUUGCAUAUCCAUUGACCAGAACACUUCGUUUUAUAUUAUAUCAAAAAGAAAGGAUCGAAGAUCGAACUGCGUGGAAAUUGCUUUGGAAGACAGUAAAGUGAUAUUGCUUAAGUUUUUCACUCCAAAGAACACCAAAAUGCCAGCUUUCAAUAUGAGUGCCAACGGUACAAUUUUUCAGAUCUUAGAAGGAGGCUGUUUCUUAAACGACGCCCUAUUCAUUCAAAUCUUUCGUAUGAUUCCAUACAUCAUCAUAAUCCCUCUCUCAAUCCUCGGUAACCUAUUGGUCAUCUACAUCGUGUACAAGGACACCUCCAUGCGUAAAACAAUCAAUUACUUCAUCGUAAACAUGAGCAUCGCAGACCUAGUGAUAACCAUCAUCUACAUGCCAAGAGUCCUCACUAUACUCCUGUGGGGAUAUAUAUGGCUCGUUUCUGGUCCAAUGGCAAACGUUCUGUGCAAAGCCGUGCCUUUUCUCUACGAAGUCGCUGUCCUAUCCUCAAUACUAACUGUAGUGGCUAUCAGUUUAGACCGACUUUUUGCAGUAGUCUGGCCUUUGAAAAAAAUCCUCACCAAAACUACUUGCAAAGUUCUCAUGAUGUUGAUAUGGUUGGUUGCCAUGGUUUCCCGCUGGCCAAUACCCUACGCCGUGAAGUUACAGAUAGUCAAGAACGAUGUCUAUUGUUUUGUCUAUUAUGACGUUGUAUUUUCCCCGGGAUCUGAUUUACUAUUUUACAAGGUAACUUUAAUAAUAUUCUACGCUCUUCCAUUGACAGUCAUUUCAAUAACUUAUACUGCAAUUAUGAUAACACUACAUAGACGAAAAAUUCCCGGGUCUACCCCUGAGACGACGGGUCAGGAUCUGCGCAUUGAGCUCCUAAAUCGUCAAGUGAUGCGCAUGGUGUUAGUAGUAGUCGGCAGUUUCGUUUUGUGCUGGUUGUUGUAUUUCAUCACAAUGGUACUUAGGGCUAUCUAUCUAGUGGAUAUACCUUGCGACUUGUUCUAUAUGCGUCUAAUGCUUGCUCAUUGUAAUUGCGCUAUCAAUCCGUGUCUAUAUGUGACUUUAAGUGAGAAUUAUCGUAGAGGGUUAAUGAGGAUUGUAAAGAGGGUGAAAGGAUUCUGUUGUAUGGGUAGUGGACGCAUGCCCAAUGAGAGGGUUGUGGAGCUGGGUGUUAGCAAUACGGCGAUGGAACUGACUACAAAUAGAGGAAGUAGUAGUUGAUUCGCUUAUUCGACUGAGGAAGAAGUAACAAAGAAAGAAGGAAAUAAAAGAAUGAUGUGGGAAAAGGAAGCAAGAAAGCAAAUGAUGAUGAAGGGAAGAAGCAAACGAAACAACAAAGCAAGCAAGUCAGGAAAGAAAGGAAAGGAAGGAAGGAAGGAAGGAAGGAAGGAAGGAAGGAAGGAGGGAAGGAGGAAAAGUUUGGCUACUGAGUAAAAGGGCAAAAAUGAAAUAUAGAUAAGUAAUGCAGCCACACCUAAGAACAAUAGCAAAGAACUGAUUUAGAUAUACUUUAGCAAGCCAACUAGUAAGCAGAAAAGGAAUGAAGAACAAAAGAAAAAAUAAACAGCUGUUUCUAGUUACUAGUGCACUAUAGAAGGAUAUUAGAAUGCAAUAUUAUCUUACUCC